AUGAGGCUUCAUGCUCGACUCGAGUCAAGCCUCCACUCGUGGGACUCGUUCUUACUGUCUUGCCAGUCCAAACUACGAUGGGUAGGCUCAAAGCCAAUUGAAUUGAAGUAUUACCGGUUUUAUGGAAAAUCCCGUCCUCUCCAAGAACAGGUCCAGGGGAUCACCAGGAUUGGCCGCUUUGUUCACCACCAGUUUCCAGAUCCCGCCGAGACUAAGCCAGUCACUGGCCGUCGUGGCCGUGGUGGAUUCUUCAACGAGCCUGACAGUCCCGAGAUGGACAGCACCGCCGUGACAGGUUCAGGCCACCGUGACAUUGACCAAUCUGGCAUGCUGGCCGAGUCCCCCAACCUGCCCCCGCACCCCACCACGACUUCUUCGUCAGACAACGCAACCCACACUCAUCACAAUUCCGCGGAACAGCAGGAGUCAGAGGGUGUAACUGUACAUGAUGAAGACAUGUAUACCAUGGGCAGAAUCUCGCCAUUGAACUUAGAUAUAGACCACGAGGCGGCUAUGAUGAAGGGAAAUUCUCGCUCGGGAACUACCUUCGUCAUGGCAAAUGGCAUGGAGGUCGUCCCAGACGAAAUUGAUGACGAUUGGUAUCAUGCCUCGCAAGCUGUUACUGCGGCGGUGGCGGCGGCUUCCCAACUUCAAUUCGCAGCGGAAUCUAACUCGGAUUCGGAAUCAGUACUAAUGGCCACUGCCGCGAUGGACAGUUACAUAGAUUGGCCCGAGGAAGACUCAGAGUAG